AUGGAGUUGGCCUCUGAAGCCGAAAUUGAAGAAAAAUAUUGUAAUACUCAGGGAUAUGGCUACGAAUCAAGCGAGGAGCAAGAAACAAGAAAAACAGUUGAAGGGUCGCGUCAUCAGGAUCCAAUAGUUGCAGAAACGGUUAUUGACAAAGAAAAAACUAGUGAUAUCCAGGAAGAAGGCAACAUAUUAAUAGGGACGCAAGAAGUAAGAAAACCAGUUGAAGAGUCGCGGGACCUUCCAAUUGCUGCGGAAACGGUUUGUGACAAUAAUAAGAGGAACACGACACAAGAGAAUUCUUCAAAAUACCUACUAGAUGACUUGAGAAUUUCCGAUUCAUCAGACGAUGGUGAUUUUGGAUCAUCUAGCAGUGAUGAUUAUAUUUGCGCUACUGAUGAAUCGUCGUCAUCCAGUGAUAAUGAAAGAACUUCAGCUAAAAAGAAAAGAACGACUACGUCGUCGGUGAGACAUACCUCCAAUAUUACAGUUCCAGAAACACCCCCGUCGCCCAUGAGCACAUCAGAGAACCCUGUUCCUGGUUGCUCUUUCUGGGAACGCAACGGUAUGAAUAGUGCCGGGAAAAAGAAAAAAACAAGAAAAAGUGUCAAGGAGAGAAGACAGGAUAGAGCAAGGAGAAAAUUGUUUCGUAAUACUGGCUUAGAAUAUAUAACGACAUCAGGGAAAACAAAGAAACGUCGGCAACUUCAUGAACUUGAAAACUGCCGUCAAAAAUGCAAGCAGAGACUACCACAGGACUUGAGGGAGAAACUUUUUAAACAGUACUGGAGUUUAGGUAGUUACGAAAAUAGAACUAAAUACAUUGCGAAAUGUAUUGAAGUCUGCCAAAAAAAAACUUCGAAGCUUUCUCCAAAGAAAAAACGCAACGUCAGCUUUCGUUACUUUGUACAUGGUUUUGAUCAUACAAAACAUCCAAUUUGCAAAGGAUGUUUUUUGAAGACUUUUGAUGAAAGUCACAAAUAUCUACAAACGGUAUGCGAGAAACUACGAGACAAUGGCGGUCAUCUUCCUCAGCGUAAACGUCGAGUUGGUAAGUCAAUUCCUGAUUUCAAACUAGAGGAAAUAAAAGAACAUAUUGCUUGUUUCCCUUGCACAGAAAGCCACUACGGCCGCAACAAAACCACUAAAAAGUUUUUGAAUUCCGAGCUCAACCUUCAAGUUCUUUAUAACUUAUACAAACUGAAGACUGAUGCUCCAGUAAGCAAAACCAUCUUUAAAAAGGUCUUUGAAACCAUGAACUUAUCCUUUAAAAAGCCAUCUGUAGACACUUGUUCAAAAUGUGACCGCAUCAAUAUGAAACUCAAGUAUGCAUCUGUGGAUCAGGCUGCAAAUCUGAUAGAGACGUUCAAGGAGCAUCAAGAGGCGUUUAAGGCUGCUUACGAAGAGAAAAAGGCAGAUAAACAACUGGCUCAAUCGAGCGAAGUUGUAGCUGUCAUAACAUUUGAUUUGCAACAAUGUUUACCCACCCCGUACUUGCAAACGAAUGUUGCAUUUUAUAAGCGACAAUUGUGGACAUUUAAUUUGACCAUACACGAUUUGAAAACAAACAAGGCUUUCUGUUACAUGUGGCCGGAGUGUGAGGGUAAUAGAGGGGCUAAUGACAUUGCUUCGUGUUUAUAUGAUUUUAUCAUAAAUCAACUACCAAACUUACACCCAAACGCUAAGAAGCUGAUCAUGUUCUCGGACUCUUGUUCUGGCCAAAACAAGAAUUCGAUUGUAACAACAAUGUUAAUGCUAGUUACUAGACUAUCCCCACAAUUACAAUUUAUUGAACAUAAAUUUCUCGUACCUGGCCAUACACACAUGGAGGCUGACACCGACCAUGCAUUGAUUGAGCGUAAAAAGAAGAUCACGAAUAUGGAUAUACACUUGCCAAGAGAUUGGUACCAACUAGUGCGUACAGCUUCAAACAAAACAGCCAAGUUUACUGUUAUCGAAAUGACUCAUGAAAUGUUUUAUGAUUUUAACAUUUUCGUAAAGCAAUCUUUUACUUUUAGGAAAACGAAAACAGCCAAUGAAAAGUUUUUGUGGUUGAACGUUAGAUCUGUUCUUUAUAACAAAGAAAACAUAUCCUGUUUUUCUUACAAAAAAGAGUUCAAAGAUGUUGAGUACUUGACCAUGGACUGUUCUAAACGGGGGAAAACUUAUGAUAAUAUAUUUACGAUUAAUAUGGUACCGAAAGCUUACCACUCUAAACUUCCUAUUUCAACCGAUAAGAAGAAAGAUCUAUUAAAUUUGUUAUGUUUUAUUCAUGAGAGCGCUCAUGAGUUUUACAGAAGUCUGAGCUGCAAAAAUGAUGUCAAAGACAGUCCAGCGGAUAAUGACGAUGAUUCAGAUGUCCGCAAAAAUGACCCAGAAGAAAGACUACGUCAUAGGCUAAUGGCAGUUCUUGAGGAAUCAGAUUCGGAUGUGGAUAUGUGUGACCAAGAAUCAGCUGAAGAAGACCAUGUGAGUGAACGUAGUCAAGAGAGUGACACGGAACAAGAGGCCUCAGAUAGCGAUGAUGACAGUAUCCUGUUGUCCAUGCUUCGAAACCAAGCACGUUCUGAUAAUAUUGAGGCAAAUCCUUAUGUGCAACAGGAAUCCCGUACAACAAAUCGUGAGUCACAACUUCCACAUUAUCUUGGCAAAGACGGAACGGUUUGGUACAAGACACCGUUCCGUCAAAAUACUCGGAUCAGAGCUGAAAAUAUUGUAACGCAACGCCCAGGUGCAGCUUCUGUGGCGCAAUCUGCUAUGACUGAAAUAGAUUGCUGGUCUCUUUUUUGUACUGAAGAUAUGCUAGAAAAUGUUUUCAGAUAUACUAAUGCACAUGUUUCCAUUGGGAAAUCUUGCAAUGUUGCCACCGACACGAAAGCAAGAUUACCAUGA